GGAAGCUCUCCGGUGGAGGACCAAGAAUAGUCCUCCAAGCUAGCUAGUGGCAGAGAAGAUGGCUGCAGUGGGGAUUUUCAGACCAGAGUCUGAAAACAUAACACUGUUUGCCAUGUUUCGGGACGGUUAACCUCCGCGUCACCCAACUCUUCCUUUAUUUCUUCACGGUCUGAAAGGGAUAAAUCAUGGGAUCGCAAACACUUCAGAUCCUGAGGCAAGGAGUCUGGGCUUCUGUUACCGGAGGCUGGUAUUACGAUCCCCAUCAAAAUACAUUUGUCAAUGCCUUACACCUCUACAUAUGGCUCUUCCUACUUUGUUUCCCUUUUACGCUGUACAUGGCCCUUCCUCCCACCAUGGUCAUCGUGGGGAUCUACUGCGGGGUGAUCGCCGCCAUGUUCCUCCUGCUGAAGGCGGUGAACUACCGGCUGCACCACGCCCUGGACGAGGGCGAGGUGGUGGAGCACCGGGCGGCGGAGGCCGGGGGGAGCAGGGCCGGCACCGAGCGGCCCGACGGCGGCAGCGCCACCCGCCAGGAGGACAGCAACGGGCCGGGGGAUCCGGGAGGGGGCAUCGAGAUGGCCGACUUCAUCCGGGACGAGACCCCGCCGGUGGACUGCAGCUCCCGAAACUCCUACGCCGCCAUGGACUCCAGCCACCAGAUCGCAUCCACUCAUGGAGGCAACAGCUCAGCCAAAGGAGGAGACGUAGGGAAGACCUCAGAUGACAUCAGCUUGAGUCUGGCUCAGAGCUGCAGCCUGUGUAAAGACGGCAGUCAGGACCAAGACCUGAUGUCCGACCCAAAGAUGUACUGCCUCGUCUCCAACGACUCCUUCGCCUCCAUGCAGCCGUCCACCUCCCUGGGCCCCGCCGAACUGGCCCGGGACCCCUGCGGCUCCGCCCCCCUCCAGCUCAACCAAUCGCUGUCCUCGGCGGGCGACGGCGAGCCGGGCUCCAUGGCGGCGACGCACUCGCACUCCCAGUCCUUCCGGAAGGACCCGCGGCCCCGGGGCCUCCCGCGCACCUCCAGCUCGGCCGGCUCCGCCUUCCCCGACCCCUCCCUGCCGGACUUCAGCCUGUACCCCCCUCCCCGGAGAGGCGGGCUGGACCCCGUCUGCGAGCUGGAGGCCGCCCGGCCGUCCCAGGCCGGGGAGGGGCAGGCGGAGCCCGGGCGGGGGGUCAGGGACCAGGCGGUGGCCUCCACCUCCGGGGCAGAGUGCUGCCGGCACCACGAGGCGCACCGGCUGGCCAGUUCGGCCUCGCGGGAGGCGGGGGAGGGCGGGUCCGGGCUGUACCAGGCGGAGUGCGGGGGCCGGGGGCCGGGCGGGAAGCCCCUGAGGGGCGAGAGGAGCGCGGACAGCCUGCGCAGCCUCAGCACCCGGAGCAGCGGCUCCACGGAGAGCUACUGCAGCGGCACCGACCGCGACACCAACAGCACCGUCAGCAGCUUCCACAGCGAGCAGACCAGCUCCACGCACGUGGAGAGCCUGCUGUCCCUGUCGGGGGACGAGCGGGGAGCGGGCGGGGGCCGGGGAGGGGACCCCGGGGGCGGCGCGUCCUCCGCCCAGCCCGCCGACGGCAGCCCCGGCUCCCGGGGCCUCAACGGCCUGCCCUCCGGCGAGGCCAACAAGAACCCCCACGCCAACGAACUCACCGCCAAACCGCCGCCCCUCGCCCCGCCCCCGCCCCCGGAACCCGCGGAGCCCUGCUGCCACGCGGACGACCCGCCGGGCGUGCGCCCCGGCGCCGAGGGCUCCGCCGAGCGGGACCGGGAGGACGUGCGGCCCAAAUCGGCCAACCCGGUCCAGCGCACCUCCUCCUCGGCGGGCCGCAGCGGCCGGCGCCGGACGGGGAAGAAGCGGGCCAGCAGCUUCGACGCCAGCCGGCACCGCGACUACGUGUCGCUGCGCGGCAUGGCCAAGCCCCGCAGCGCCGUCUUCGCCGGGGAGGAGGACUCCAGCGACCAGAGCGAGCUCAGCGGCGCCUCCAGCCUGCGCUCCGCCCGCCACCUCAGCACCGACAGCUCCUCCAGCACCACGUCCCAGUCCUGCCACUCCCCCGAGGGGCGCUACCGCGCGCUCAAGCCCAAGCACCCCGCCGGGGCGGAGGGCGGCGGGAAGCGGCGGAGCUCCCGCCGCACGCCCAGCGCCGGCAGCGCCAAGACGCACGCCCGCGUGCUGAGCCUGGACAGCGGCACCGCCGCCUGCCUUAACCACCCCAACCGCCUGGGCGCCCCCGCCGGGCCCCCGCCCCUCACCACCUCCAAGUCGGACCUGGAGGCCAAGGAGGGCGAGGUCCUGGACGCCGCGUCCCUCCUGGGCCGGGCCUCGCAGCUGGAGUCCGUCACGCGCUCCCGCAACAGCCUGCCCAGCCAGGCCGCCUUCGCCGAGUCCCAGGACGCUGCCGGCACCUCCCGGGCCCCCGGGGCGGAGGAGGCGGUGACGUUCCGGCGGGAGAGGAGCACGUUCCGCAGGCAGGCGGUGCGGCGGCGGCACAACGCCGGGAGCAACCCCACGCCCCCCGCCUCCCUCAUCGGAUCGCCACUCAGUCUUCAGGAAGCUCUGAGUCAGGCCUCCCAGCCUUGUGCUUCCCAGGUGAAAGGUCAGCCGUCCCGCACCCCGUCCCAGGUGACCGUGCUGAGCGCGAGCGCCUCCCUGCUGGCCAGGAACGGCAGUGCGCCCCUGGAGGGCUCCCAGGACAAGGCCUCCACCGUGGGGGCCAGCAGCCUGCAGGACGACUUCGGGAAGCUCACACCCUCGCUGUAUGAAGCUGGAGGCUGUGACAUGUCUCUGGUCAACUUCGAACCCGCAACCCGGCGAGCCUCCAACAACAUCUGGGACACCGACUCCCAUCUCUCCAGUUCUACCUCAGUUCGCUUUUAUCCUCAUGAUCUGCUCUCUCUCCCUCAGAUCCGGCUGAACCGGCUCCUGGCCAUGGACGCGGAGCUUCUGGAGCAGCAGGACGGGGACCUGAGCCCGGAGCUCCAGGGCGCCCCCCUGGGGCCGGAGGACCCCACCACCGCCGCACACAAGGCCAAGCAGUACUACCGCCUGUGGCUGCUGCCCUACCUGUGGGUGGGCCUGCACUUCGACAGACUCACCCUGCUGGCACUGUUCGACAGGAACCGUGAUGUUCUGGAGAACGUGUUGGCGGUGGUGCUGGCGGUUCUGGUGGCCUUCCUGGGCUCGGUCCUGCUGGUUAACGGCUUCUUCACGGACAUCUGGGUGUUUCAGUUCUGCUUGGUCAUCGCCAGCUGCCAGUACUCCCUGCUGAAGAGUGUUCAGCCAGACUCCUCUUCUCCACGACAUGGCCAUAACCGCAUCAUCGCGUACAGCCGGCCCGUGUACUUCUGCCUGUGCUGCGGGCUCAUCUGGGUGCUGCACUACGGCAGUGUUAGGACCACCUCCGCCCGCGUCUCUCUGUACGGCCUGGGCCUCACCAGCUCCCUGCUGCUGGCCUCCGCCCGGGACCUGCUCAUAGUGUUUACACUGUGUUUCCCCAUCAUAUUCUUCGUAGGCCUGCUUCCGCAGGUGAACACCUUCGUCAUGUACCUGUUUGAGCAGGUGGACAUCCACGUCUUCGGGGGGAACGCCUCCACCAGCCUGCCCUCGGCCCUUUACAGCGUGCUGCGCAGCGUUGUCACGGUAGCGCUGCUCUACGGCCUCUGCUACGGAGCACUGAAGGAGACGUGGGACGCCCAGCACAUCCCUGUGCUGUUCUCUGUGUUCUGCGGCCUCCUGGUGGCUGUGUCCUACCAUCUUAGCCGGCAGAGCAGUGACCCCUCCGUCCUCAUCUCCCUGGUGCAGUCUAAGAUCUUCCCCAACCUGAAGGACAAGAACCCAGAGGACCCCCUGUCUGAAGUGCAGGACCCCCUGCCAGAGAAGCUGAGGAGCUCUGUGAACGAGAGGCUGCAGUCAGACCUGAUCGUGUGCGUCGUCAUUGCUGUCCUCUACUUCGCCAUCCACGUCAGCACCGUGUUCAUCGCCCUGCAGCCCUUUCUGAGCUAUGUCCUCUAUGCACUGGUGGGCACGGUGGGGCUGCUCACGCACUACCUGCUGCCUCAGGUGCGCAAGCAGCUGCCGUGGUACUGCUUCUCCCACCCGCUGCUCAAGACCAAGGAGUACUAUCAGUUCGAGGUCAGGGGCGCGGCGUACGUGAUGUGGUUCGAGAGGCUGCACGUGUGGCUGCUGUUCGCGGAGAAGAACGUGCUCUACCCGCUCGUCAUCCUCAACGAGCUGAGUGGCAGCGCCCGCGAACUCGCCAAGAAGCUCGACACUGAGGUGGGGGCUCUGAUGAUCACGGUGGCCGGGCUGAAGCUCCUGAGGUCCUCCUUCAGCAGCCCCACGUACCAGUACGUCACCGUGCUCUUCACCGUGCUCUUCUUCACCUUCGACUACCGCGCCCUGUCCGAGACCCUGCUGCUCGACCUCUUCCUCAUGUCCAUCAUCUUCAGCAAGCUGUGGGAGCUCUUCUACAAGCUGCGCUUCGUCUACACCUACAUCGCGCCGUGGCAGAUCACCUGGGGCUCCGCCUUCCACGCCUUCGCCCAGCCCUUCGCCGUGCCUCACUCUGCCAUGCUAUUCGUCCAGGCUGUGGUCUCUGCCGUCUUCUCCACGCCCCUGAACCCCUUCCUGGGCAGUGCCAUCUUCAUCACCUCUUACGUCAGACCCGUGAAGUUCUGGGAGAGAGACUACAACACAAAGAGAGUGGAUCACUCAAACACCAGGCUGGCCUCUCAGCUGGACCGGAACCCAGGCUCGGACGAUAACAACCUGAACUCCAUCUUCUACGAGCACCUGACGCGCUCCCUGCAGCACAGCCUGUGCGGGGACCUGCUGCUGGGGCGCUGGGGGAACUACGGCACGGGCGACUGCUUCAUCCUGGCCUCCGACUACCUCAACGCCCUGGUGCACCUGGUGGAGAUCGGCAACGGCCUGGUCACCUUCCAGCUGCGGGGGCUGGAGUUCAGGGGGACGUACUGCCAGCAGAGGGAGGUGGAGGCCAUCACGGAGGGGGUGGAGGAGGACGAGGGGUGCUGCUGCUGUGAGCCGGGGCACCUGCCGCACGCGCUCUCCUUCAACGCCGCCUUCGGCCAGCGCUGGCUGGCCUGGGAGGUGCUGGUCACCAAGUACGUCCUGGAGGGCUACAGCAUCACCGACAACAGCGCCGCCUCCAUGCUGCAGGUGUUCGACCUGCGGCGCAUCCUCACCACCUACUACGUCAAGGGCAUCAUCUACUACGUGACGGCGUCGUCGCGGCUGGAGGAGUGGCUGGGGAACGAGGCCAUGCAGGAGGGCCUGCGCUGCUGCGGCGAGCGGAACUACGUGGACCUGGACCCCACCUUCAACCCCAACAUCGACGAGGACUACGACCACCGGCUGGCGGGCAUCUCCCGGGACAGCUUCUGCGGCGUCUACCUGGGCUGGAUCCAGUACUGCAACUCCCGCAGGCCCAAGCACCUGGAGAGUGAGAAGGACUCGGCCCUGGUGACUCUGUGCUACGGUCUGUGUGUGCUGGGCCGCCGGGCGCUGGGCACGGCCUCGCAUCACAUGUCCAGUAACCUGGAGUCCUUCCUGUACGGGCUGCACGCGCUCUUCAAGGGCGACUUCCGCAUCUCGUCCGUCAGGGACGAGUGGAUCUUCGCCGACAUGGAGCUGCUGAGGAAGGUGGUGGUGCCCGGAAUCCGUAUGUCACUCAAACUGCACCAGGACCACUUCACGUCUCCGGAUGAGUACGAGGAGCCGGCGGUUCUGUUCGAGGCCAUCUCCACGCACCAGCAGAACCUGGUGAUCGCGCACGAGGGCGACCCGGCCUGGCGGAGCGCGGUGCUGUCCAACUCGCCCUCUCUGCUCGCCCUCAGACACGUCCUGGACGAAGGCACCAACGAGUACAAGAUCAUCAUGCUCAACCGCCGAUACCUCAGCUUCCGGGUCAUCAAGGUGAAUAAGGAGUGUGUCCGCGGGCUGUGGGCGGGGCAGCAGCAGGAGCUGGUGUUCCUGCGGAACAGGAACCCCGAGCGCGGAAGCAUCCAGAACGCCAAGCAGGCGCUGCGCAACAUGAUCAACUCCUCCUGCGACCAGCCAAUCGGCUACCCCAUCUACGUGUCGCCGCUGACAACCUCCUACUGCAACUCCCACGCCCAGCUGGGACACAUCCUGGGAGGGCCAAUCAGCAUCGGGAACAUCCGGAGCUUCGUCGUCAGCACCUGGCACAGGUUGCGGAAGGGCUGCGGGGCCGGUUGUAACAGCGGGGGGAACAUUGAGGAUUCGGACGCGGCCGGGGGCAUGUCCUGCGCCAGCGGGAACGGGACGGGCGUGAGCGACUCCCAGCAGAGCUCGGUCUCUCAGGGCGGGCUGACCGGCCCCGCUCAGCCCCUGUCCUACCAGCCGCACUCCCUGGGCACCAGUCAGAGCUCCCAGUCGGUGCAGUCGGGGCUGGUGCGGCACUCCCCGGCGCGGGCGUCCGUGGCCAGCCAGUCGUCCUCGUACCGCUGCGGCAGCAGCCGCCACUCCUCCCUGCGCACCUCGGCCACGGGCCUGGAGCCCUGCCGCCGCUCCUCCACCAGCCAGCUGUCGCUGCGCACGCUGCCCGCCUCGCUGCAGCUGCGCCUGGGGCCCGACCCCGCCGGGGCCCCCGGCCCGCCCGGGCCCUCCGCCUCCCUCUCCAGCCACAGCAUCCCGCCCUGCAAGCGCCACACGCUGGUGGGCCUGCUGGGCAGCGAGGGCCCCGACCCCGGCCCCGGGCUCCACCACCACCCGGCCCUCGCGGGCCUGCGCAGGGACGACGUCUCCUACAGGGUGCAGAUCGUGGACGUGACUCAGGUUCUGGAGAACAUCAACCUGUCCAAGCGCAAGGAGCUGCAGUGGCCCGAGGAGGCGCUGAGGCUGCGGGCCGGACGGGUUUGCUGGAGGGACUGGUGCCCCCUGGAGGGCAUGGAGGGACAUGUGAUUCACCGAUGGGUGCCUUUCAGCCGGGAUCCAGGCAGUCGUUCCCACAUCGACAAGACCAUCCUGCUGGUUCAGGUGGAGGACAAGCUGGUGCCCAUCAUUGAGAGCGGGGUCAUCGAGCUGGGCGCCGAGGUCUGAACCGAAAGGCCCAGCCCCCAGAGAAUGGCGCCUCCUAGUGGCAGGAAGCCAGCUCCUGCAGACUAAACGGAAAACGGUGGGGUGAUCCCCAACACCCUUUCAAAAGGGGGCAAAAUGGAAGCAGGGAAAUAAAGUGCAAGUAGAGGCAGACCACACUCUGCCCUGCUCUGCGUGACACACAAAUAUGCUGCAUGACGGUUAAAUUCCUGUUAGACGUUUAAUUUUUAAGUUCAGCAUCGCCGAUUUCUAUGCAUUUCUUGACGGCUUUUGACGGACAAUGAUCUCGCGGUUUGGAUCGAUUUCUUUUUUUCAGGCGGUACGGAGGAGGGUAGAGAAGAGGUUGUUUUAUCAAAUCACUUGCCAAAAAUGGACAUAAAACAGGUGUGGCCAUGGUUUUCACAUAAAGCAUGAUCAAGCUUUUUGUUGCUGCCAAGAAAUUCAAGACGAAUAGUGUGAUAGUGGUUCAGGUAAACAAGAAAAGCAGGUGCUCUAGGUUAAAAACACUAUUUGAUUUGCUUUCAUUGUCAUUCCUAUUUGUUCUGUUUGAAAGUUGCAAAAAAAAAAAAAAAAAAAGUUGCGAGAAAAAAGACUUGCACUAUAAUUUUUUUAUUUUUUAUUUACAGCAAUGCACUACAAUUUCAAGGUUAUAUCAUUUAUUUAUUUCUGACAGGAAACGACUCUUGAAUCGCCAUGGUUUACUGAUGCCUUGGGAAUGAACACAUGCGAUCAUCAUUUUGUUAUUCUGCCAUUGUUUCUGUGUGUAACGUUUUGCGUUUGUUUCCUUAACUUGAAAAAAGUUUUUACCAUAUAUAAUUAUAUAAAUAUAUAUUAUGUCAUUGUAAAAAAGAUUUUUUUUUUUUUGAAUAUUUAUUUCUGUGAACAUGAUAUUUGCAUUUUGUUACAUCCUUUUUUCAUUUAUGGGACAGAGGUAUACAAUGUAACAAGGACCAUCGGAUAAAACAGUAAGCCGAACUUUUGUUGGACUGUUUCCCAAUUAACUUAAUUCUUUUAUAAGUGAAAAAAUAAAGGAAGAACAUUUUGAUUUAA